AUGUGUGUUUGUCAUGAACAAAGUCCAUAUCGUUCACAUGAAAAAUGGGCUCUUCAGAAGGCCUUAGUUUAUGCUGCACACAUGUUCAUCGGCAAAUCAAGUACGGUUAAUAAUUGGGCUGCAAGUUUAACAUCAAAUAAUUCAACAUUAUCAAUUGGUCGAAGAAAAAAAAUGAUUACAUAUGCUAUAUAUGAUUGUUUUUUAACAACGUAUCUUAUUAGACCAGUUUUAGAAAAUUGGACAUUCAAACAGUUAAAAAAUACAAAUAUUACUGAAUUAUUUACGUCAUUUAAAUCAUCACCACUUCCAGCAAAUAAUUCAUCAAAUAAAAAAAUUUAA